CUAUUUUCAGAUCUUGAUCAUUGUCAACAGAAGUUAUUAAAGUGCUCAAGACAAAUAGAGGCAUUCUUAUUUAUGAUCAAGAUCGAGCCACCGCUGCGUCACAAUGACGGAAGUACAGUGCCCGUUCCCUGGUUGUGAAUAUAAGACUGCUGAUCUGGAUGUACCAAACGUAGCAGCACUCAUCACAGCUCACAGCGUCGUUCAUACAGCCGCACCUUUCGAAGACCUACCAUUACCGCCGCGGGAACAAGCGAGGAUUGGGCUUACUUUCAGUCACGAUGGUCUGACUACGUCGACGCCACCUAAGUAGAUGGUCGUGAUAAGGUGAUUCAAUUACUUGAAUGUUGCGAUGAACCACUCCAUAAAGACCUCACACGGUCAGCAGGUGGCAGCCUCAAGGACAAAACUGAAGCAGAAGUACUGGCUGCCAUCCGUAAACUGGCUGCACGGGAAGAAAAUACAAUGGUUGCCAGAGUGACUUUACAUAAUAUGCGACAGGAUCGUGAUGAGACAGUGAGAAGCUUUGGUGCCCGUCUUCGCGGACAAGCUGACAUAUGUAAAUUUGUAAUUCCGUGUCCUGGUUGUGAUUCAAAUGUGAACUAUACAGACGCAAUCAUGCGUGAUGUGCUAUCUAGAGGCAUCGCAGAUCCAGAAAUUCAACUUGACCUUCUAGGUGAUAAAAAUCAGGACAUGACUCUAGAAGAAGUGUUUCAGUUUGUUGAAACGAAAGAGGCUGGAAAGAGAUCUGCGUCGAGACUCCUGGAUAUCCAUUCUGUGGAAGCAGCUAGCAGUUAUAAGAGAACAAAACAGACAUCCAGCAAAGCGGAUCCAGAUAUUUGUUCAUACUGUGGCAAACGCGGACAUGGUAAGAAGAGCAUAGCACGUAUCCGCAAAACUCAGUGCCCAGCAUAUGAUCAUAAGUGUGAACUUUGUAAUCGUGAACAACAUUUUGAAAACGUUUGCCGCCCUCAAGCCACAAGACCACAUGAUCAUGAAAGUGCUGUAUUUGAUGCCUUGUGUAUGCUAUCUGACCAUUCUAUGAACAAACAGAAGUUGAAUACAAGUGAUGAAGUGUACACACCUAUUGACAGAGACAAAUCAAAUGCAAGUGAUAAAGUGUGCUCAGUUAGAAAGAGUGACCACAAUGUACCUAUUGAUCACCAUGUGGGAUCCUUGGAUCUUGGAUCCACCAAAAUUCAAAGCCGCAACCAUUUGUAAAUGUGACUGUUCGAACUCUGCCUGCUGACUACACUGCAUUUGGUUUAGAUUCAAAGGUACGCCCUUGCACAGCUGUCAUACCUGCAAUGGCAGACACUGGAUGCCAAAGCUGUUUAGCUGGACUUAAGGUUAUUCACCGGCUAGGUUUACGUGAAUCUGAUAUAAUACCAGUGACUAUGCGUAUGCAUACUGCUAACAACAACGGGAUCAAAAUCCUUGGUGCAACGUUACUACGCAUAUCUAGCAAUGACUCCGAAGGGAAUGCAGUUGAAACAAGACAGAUGACCUACGUGACUGAUUCUUCUGACAAGCUGUUUUUGAGCAAAGAGGCAUGUGUUGCACUUGGAAUCAUCUCUGAUGACUUCCCCGAAGUGCGUGUUCUGUCACAACAUAGUGCUGCCGUCACCGAUGGAAAUACGACUGCCCCCUGUGGAUGUCCUGAACGACGACAGCCUCCACCACUUCCAAGAGCCUUACCAUUUCCAGCCACGAAUGAAAAUCGUGAAAAGCUACAGGAUUACCUUUUCAGGCACUUUAAAUCCAGCACGUUCAACACCUGUGAGCAUCAGCCGCUGCCUCUCAUGGACUGUCCACCAAUGAAACUAAUGGUUGAUCCUGAUGCCAAACCUGUCGCUCAUCACACACCUGUACCGGUCCCCCUACAUUGGCGAGAUGCUGUCAAGGAAGGACUUGA